AUGACCUGGGCAAUCGACCAGGAUGAUGGCGAUUUUGACGCGCUUGCCGGAGUUAUCGGCGAGGACCUCUCAGUCAUCCAGAUGGAGGGUGGUGGCUUAUCCGGGGAUGCUGCUAACGCCCUGGCUGACGCCUUUGCCGCCUAUACUGGCCAAAACGGCUUCGUCACACCGCGCUGCACUGACGGCUCAAGUGGGGAGAAGAACCCCGACCAGGUGUGCCCAUCAGGAUACAUGUCGGUCAGCACUGCGCACAAUCCCCUGCAGGCGGGCAAUAAGGAGCUCCAUGGCGACUGCUCUGAGGGGUGGUACCAGCACAUCUGCUGUCCCAAGGAUGCCAUGCCCAGAACUGCGAAUGGAACGGUGCGCCGGAGCGAAGCGAGUUCGGCUGCGACGGCAAAUGCGGGAGGAACCAGUUCAAAUAAUGACAUAAAGAUUAAAGAUAUAUAA